CUUCCGCCGCAUUCGAACUCCCCAGCGCUGUCGGACCCGUUCCCUCGCCCGCUCGGCCCACGCGAGUCCCCUCCCCUCUCUCCCAUUCCUGGAUCUUCCGCAGCCUCGGUCCCGCGAGACUCCCCAGCCCCCGAGCGCCUCCAGACCCCACGGGAAGCCCUCGCCCCUUUCGGGAGGAGCCCCGCCCCAGACGCGCGGAGUGACCCCUCCCGCCCCUCUCUGCGCGCAGGCGCAGGGUAGACGGGCCGCGGCCCGCACCCCCACCCUGGCGGCUGAGAGGCGGGGCGCGGCUGGUCCGGGGCGGCCGCGGCUCCAUGGGGCUCCUGGGGCUCCUGGGCCUGCUGCACUCGGCCUUCUUCGGGGACCAGACGCUGCAGGAGCUGAAGAUGACGAGCUCCGUGGCAUCCUACGAGCAGCUGGUGCGGCAGGUGGAGGCCUUGAAGGCUGAGAACAGCCACCUGAGGCAGGAGCUCCGGGACAACUCCAGCCACCUGUCCAAGCUGCAGACAGAGACGUCGGGCAUGAAGGAAGUCUUGAAGCAUCUACAGGGGAAGCUGGAGCAGGAGGCCCGAGUGUUGGUGUCCUCGGGACAGACGGAGGUGCUAGAGCAGCUGAAGGCCCUGCAGAUGGACAUCACCAGCCUGUACAACCUCAAAUUCCAGCCGCCCGCCCUGGGCCCGGAGCCUGCCGCCCGGACCCCGGAGGGCAGCCCGGUACAUGGCCCCGGGCCCUCUAAAGACAGCUUUGGGGAGCUGAGCCGGGCCACCAUCCGGCUGCUGGAGGAACUGGACCGGGAACGGUGUUUCCUGCUGAAUGAGAUUGAGAAGGAGGAGAAGGAGAAGCUCUGGUACUACUCUCAGCUGCAGGGCCUGUCCAAGCGCCUGGACGAGCUGCCGCACGUGGAGACACAGUUCUCGAUGCAGAUGGACCUGAUACGGCAGCAGCUGGAGUUCGAGGCCCAGCACAUCCGCUCGCUGAUGGAGGAGCGCUUUGGCACCUCGGACGAGAUGGUGCAGCGGGCGCAGAUCCGUGCCUCACGCCUGGAGCAGAUUGACAAGGAGCUGCUGGAGGCACAGGACCGAGUGCAGCAGACGGAGCCCCAGGCCUUGCUGGCGGUGAAGUCGGUGCCGGUGGACGAGGAUCCCGAGACAGAGGUCCCCACACACCCAGAAGAUGGCACCCCUCAGCCAGGCAACAGCAAGGUGGAGGUGGUCUUCUGGCUCUUGUCCAUGUUGGCGACACGCGACCAGGAGGAUACGGCGCGCACGCUGCUGGCCAUGUCCAGCUCGCCGGAGAGCUGCGUGGCCAUGCGCCGCUCGGGCUGCCUGCCGCUGCUGCUGCAAAUCCUCCACGGCACCGGCACCGAGGCCGGGGGUCGCGCCGGGGCUCCAGGGGCACCGGGCGCCAAGGACGCACGCAUGCGUGCCAAUGCGGCGCUGCACAACAUCGUCUUCUCGCAGCCGGACCAGGGGCUGGCGCGCAAGGAGAUGCGCGUCCUGCACGUGCUGGAGCAGAUCCGCGCCUACUGCGAGACGUGCUGGGACUGGCUGCAGGCCCGGGAGGGCGGGCCCGAGGGAGGGGGAGGCGGAGGCGGCGGCGGCGGCGGCGGCGCCAGUGGCGCCCCGGUCCCCAUCGAGCCACAGAUCUGCCAGGCCACCUGUGCAGUGAUGAAGCUGUCCUUUGACGAGGAAUACCGCCGUGCCAUGAACGAGUUAGGCGGGCUGCAGGCCGUGGCGGAGCUGCUGCAGGUCGACUACGAGAUGCACAAGAUGACCCGGGACCCGCUGAACCUGGCGCUGCGCCGCUACGCGGGCAUGACCCUUACCAACCUCACUUUCGGGGACGUGGCCAACAAGGCCACACUGUGUGCGCGCCGGGGCUGCAUGGAGGCCAUCGUGGCCCAGCUGGCCUCAGACAGUGAGGAGCUCCACCAGGUGGUGUCCAGCAUCCUCCGCAACCUCUCCUGGCGGGCCGACAUCAACAGCAAGAAGGUGCUGAGGGAGGCGGGCAGUGUGGCCGCCCUGGUGCAGUGUGUCCUACGGGCCACCAAGGAGUCCACUCUGAAGAGCGUGCUCAGUGCCCUGUGGAACCUGUCUGCGCACAGCACGGAGAACAAGGCGGCCAUCUGCCAGGUGGACGGUGCCCUGGGCUUCCUGGUGAGCACCCUGACCUACAAGUGCCAGAGCAACUCGCUGGCCAUCAUCGAGAGCGGUGGUGGCAUCCUGCGCAACGUGUCCAGCCUAAUUGCCACCCGCGAGGACUACAGGCAGGUGCUCCGGGAUCACAACUGUCUGCAGACGCUGCUGCAGCACCUGACCUCGCACAGCCUGACCAUCGUGAGCAACGCGUGCGGCACACUCUGGAACCUGUCGGCCCGCAGCGCGCGUGACCAGGAGCUGCUGUGGGACCUGGGCGCCGUUGGCAUGCUGCGGAACCUGGUGCACUCCAAACACAAGAUGAUCGCCAUGGGCAGCGCCGCCGCCCUGCGCAACCUGCUGGCCCACCGGCCCGCCAAGCACCAGGCGGCCGCCACCGCCGUGUCCCCGGGCAGCUGCGUGCCCAGCCUGUACGUGCGCAAGCAGCGGGCGCUGGAGGCCGAACUGGACGCGCGGCACCUGGCGCAGGCGCUGGAGCACCUGGAGAAGCAGGGCCUGCCCGCCGCCGACGCUGCUGCUAAGAAGCCGCUGCCACCCCUGCGGCACCUGGACGGCCUGGCUCAAGACUAUGCUUCCGACUCGGGCUGCUUUGACGACGACGACGCACCGUCAUCCCUAGCUGCGGCUGCGGCCACUGCGGAGCCGGCCAGCCCCGCAGCACUGUCACUCUUUCUGGGCAGCCCCUUCCUGCAGGGGCAGGCGCUGGCCCGCACCCCGCCCACGCGCCGCGGUGGCACGGAGGCGGAGAAGGAGGCCAGUGGGGAGGCGGCCGUGGCGGCCAAGGCCAAGGCCAAGCUGGCGCUUGCAGUGGCGCGCAUCGACCAGCUGGUAGAGGACAUCUCCGCCCUGCACACCUCCUCCGACGACAGCUUCAGCCUCAGCUCUGGGGACCCCGGGCAGGAGGCGCCACGGGAGGGCCGUGCCCAGUCUUGCUCGCCAUGCCGCGGUCCCGAGGGCGGGCGGCGGGACGCAGGCAACCGGGGACACCGGCUGCUGCGGCUCAAAGCGGCCCACGCCAGCCUCUCCAACGACAGCCUCAACAGCGGCAGUGCCAGCGACGGGUACUGCCCACGCGAGCACAUGCAGCCCUGCCCGCUGGCCGCACUGGCUUCGCGCCGCGAGGACCCCAGGUGUGGGCAGCCUCGGCCCAGCCGGCUUGACCUUGACCUGCCAGGCAGCCAGGCCGAGGCCCCCGCCAGGGAGGCCGCAUCCGGCGACGCCCGUGUGUGUACCAUCAAGCUGUCGCCCACCUACCAGCACGUGCCGCUGCUCGAGGGUGCCACAAGGGCGGGUGUAGAGCCCCUCACGGGGACUGGGACCCUUCCAGGGGCCCGAAAGCAGGCCUGGCUGCCGGCAGACCCUCUGAGCAAGGUUCCCGAGAAGCUGGCGGCGGCCCCACUGUCCGCUGCCAGUAAGGCACUGCAGAAGCUGGUAGCGCAGGAGGCGCCGCUCUCGCUGUCCCGAUGCAGCUCCCUGUCCUCGCUGUCCUCGGCAGGUCGCCCAGGCCCCAGUGAGGGGGGUGACCUGGACGACACUGACUCCUCCCUGGAGGGACUGGAGGAGGCAGGCCCCGGCGAGGCUGAGCUGGACGGUGCGUGGACAGCGCCCGGGGCUGCCUCCCUGCCCGUAGCCAUCCCGGCUCCCCGGCGUAACCGAGGCCGGGGCCUGGGGGUGGAGGACGCCACGCCGUCCAGCUCGUCGGAGAACUACGUGCAGGAGACGCCACUGGUGCUCAGCCGCUGCAGCUCUGUGAGCUCGCUGGGCAGCUUCGAGAGCCCGUCCAUAGCCAGCUCCAUCCCCAGUGACCCCUGCAGCGGGCAGGGCAGCGGCACCAUCAGCCCUAGCGAGCUGCCCGACAGCCCUGGGCAGACCAUGCCGCCCAGCCGGAGCAAGACGCCGCCGCUGGCGCCCGCGCCGGCAGGUCCCCCCGAGGCCAGCCAGUUCAGCCUGCAGUGGGAGAGCUACGUGAAGCGCUUCCUGGACAUUGCGGACUGCCGCGAGCGCUGCCGGCUCCCGUCGGAGCUGGACGCCGGCAGCGUGCGCUUCACCGUGGAGAAGCCGGAUGAGAACUUCUCGUGCGCCUCCAGCCUCAGCGCACUGGCCCUGCACGAGCACUAUGUCCAGCAGGACGUGGAGCUGCGGCUGCUGCCCUCGGCCUGCCCGGAACGCGGUGGGGGUGCGGGGGGCGCCGGCCUCCACUUCGCGGGGCACCGCCGGCGGGAAGAGGGGCCGGCGCCCACGGGCUCUCGACCCCGCGGGGCCGCGGACCAGGAGCUGGAGCUGCUGCGGGAGUGCCUGGGGGCCGCCGUGCCUGCCCGGCUGCGCAAGGUGGCCUCCGCGCUGGUGCCAGGUCGCCGCGCGCUGCCCGUGCCCGUCUACAUGUUGGUGCCCGCUCCGGCCCCGGCCCGGGCCCAGGAGGACGACUCCUGCACCGACUCCGCGGAGGGCACGCCGGUCAACUUCUCCAGCGCCGCCUCCCUCAGCGACGAAACGCUGCAGGGACCCCCCAGAGACCAGCCUGGGGGACCAGCGGGCAGGCAGAGACCCACCAGCCGCCCCACCUCGGCCAAGCAGCCCGGGGGGCACCGGCACAAGGCGGGAGGCGCCGGCCGCAGCGCGGAGCAGGCCCAGGGUGCGGGCAAGAACCGAGCAGGGCUGGAGCUGCCCCUGGGCCGGCCCCCGAGCACCCCCGCAUACAAGGACGGCGCAAAGCCCAGCCGGACCCGCGGGGAUGGGGCACUCCAGUCGCUGUGCCUCACGACGCCCACGGAGGAGGCCGUGUACUGCUUUUACGGCAAUGACUCCGACGAGGAGCCCCCGGCGGCCGCACCAACGCCCAUUCACCGGCGCGCAUCGGCCAUUCCCCGCGCGCUCACGCGGGAGCGCCCGCACGGUCGGGAGGCCCACGCCCCGUCCAAGGCAGCACCGUCUGCCCUGCCGCCCGCCCGGGCCCAGCCCAGCCUCAUCGCAGACGAGACCCCGCCCUGCUACUCCCUGAGCUCCUCGGCCAGCUCCCUCAGUGAGCCCGAGCCCCCGGAGACAUCGGCGCCGCCGGCCGGCCGGCCACGAGACAGGGAGCCUUCGAUCACCAAGGACCCGGGCCCGGGAGGCAGCCUUGACAGCUCGCCUAGCCCUCGGGCCGCGGAGGAGCUGCUGCAGCACUGCAUCAGCUCGGCCCUGCCCAGACGCCGGCCUCCCGUGUCCGCCCUGCGGCGCCGCAAGCCCCGCACCACGCGGCUGGAUGAGCGGCCCGCAGAGGGAUCCCAGGAGCGCGGCGAGGAGGCAGCGGGCUCGGACCGGGCCUCAGACCUGGACAGCGUGGAGUGGCGAGCCAUCCAGGAGGGCGCCAACUCCAUCGUCACGUGGCUGCACCAGGCGGCGGCUGCCACGCGCGAGGCCUCGUCUGAGUCUGACUCUAUCCUGUCCUUCGUAUCUGGGCUGUCGGUGGGCUCCACCCUGCAGCCCUCCAAGCACAGGAAGGGACGACAGGCGGGGGGCGAAACCGGCAAUACCCGGCGGCCAGAGAAACGGGGCACAGCCUCAGCCAAGACUAGCGGGAGCUCCCGUUCCUCUGCGGGCCCCGAGAAGCCACGUGGCACACAGAAGACCACGCCCGGGGUGCCCGCUGUGCUCCGGGGACGAACAGUCAUCUAUGUGCCCAGCCCAGCACCCCGGGCCCAGCCCAAAGGGACCCCCGGCCCCCGCACCACACCGCGGAAGGUGGCGCCGCCUUGCCUGGCACAGCCCGCGGCUCCAGCCAAAGUCCCCAGCCCCGGACAGCAGCGGUCAAGGAGCCUACACCGGCCCGGCAAGACCUCGGAGCUGGCGACGCUGAGCCAACCGCCCAGGAGCGCCACACCACCCGCCCGCCUCGCCAAGACCCCCUCCUCCAGCUCCUCCCAGACCUCGCCCGCCUCCCAGCCCCUGCCCAGAAAGCGCCCCCAAGUCACCCAGGCUGCCGGGCCUGUACCCGGCCCCGGGACCUCCCCAGUGCCCAAGACGCCGGCACGCACCCUGUUGGCGAAGCAGCACAAGACACAGAGGUCGCCCGUGCGGAUCCCGUUCAUGCAGAGGCCAGCCCGGCGGGGGCCGCCAGCGCUGGCUCGCGCAGUCCCGGAGCCGGGCCCCAGGGGCCGGGCGGGGGCCGAGGCGGGCCCGGGGACGCGCGGGGGCCGCCUGGGCCUCGUGCGCGUGGCCUCGGCCCUCUCCAGCGGCAGCGAGUCCUCCGACCGCUCCGGCUUCCGGCGACAACUGACCUUCAUCAAGGAGUCGCCCGGCUUGCGGCGCCGCCGCUCGGAGCUGUCCUCGGCCGAGUCCGCGGCCUCUGCACCCCAGGGCGCCUCGCCCCGCCGCGGCCGACCCGCGCUGCCCGCCGUCUUCCUCUGCUCCUCGCGAUGCGAAGAGCUCCGAACGGCGCCCCGGCAGGCCGCGGCCCCGCAGCGGCCCCCCGUGACCCGACCCGGCCCCGGCGAGCGCCCCGCCCGGCGCACCAGCUCGGAGAGCCCGUCCCGCCUGCCCGUGCGCGCGCCCGCCGCCCGGCCCGAGACGGUCAAGCGCUACGCGUCGCUGCCGCACAUCAGCGUGGCCCGCAGGCCCGACAGCGCGGCCCCCGCCGCCGCCGCCGCCGCCCCCGCCCCCGCCGACGCCGCGCGCCGCAGCAGCGACGGGGAGCCCCGGCCGCUCCCCAGAGUGGCCGCGCCAGGCACGACGUGGCGGCGCAUCCGAGACGAGGACGUGCCCCACAUCCUUCGCAGCACGCUGCCGGCCACCGCCCUGCCCCUGCGAAGCUCCACGCCCGAGGACGCCCCGGCUGCGCCCCCGCCGCGCAAGACCAGCGACGCCGUCGUCCAGACAGAGGAGGUCGCCGCCCCCAAGACCAACUCCAGCACGUCCCCGAGCCUGGAGAGCAGGGAGCACCCCGGAGUCCCCGCCGGCGCCCCGCUCCCCCUCCUCGGCAGCGACGUGGACGGGCCAAGCCUCGCCAAGGCUCCCAUCUCCGCACCCCUCGUGCACGAGGGCCUGGGGGUUGCCGUAGGGGGCUUCCCCGCCAGUCGGCACGGCUCCCCCAGCCGCUCGGCCCGAGUACCCCCCUUCAAUUAUGUGCCCAGCCCCAUGGUGGCUGCAGCCACCACCGACUCAGCCGCGGAGAAAGCCCCGGCCACCGCCUCGGCCAGCCUCCUGGAAUAGUGGCCUAGGCCGGCUUUCUGGAACGUUCUCUCCCGGCCCUGCGUCCGGGUCUGGCUGCCCCAUGGGCCUGCGCCGUAGAUGCCCCCCGUAGGUCGCCCCAGGGCCUCUGCCCAGCCGAGCCCCACCACCCUCUGAGCCCACGCCCAGCCCAUGGGGGCUUCGCGCCUCACCGGAAGACCUUGCCUCUGUGCCGUGGGGUCGAAGUCCCGGCCGUGAGGCGCUGGCACGGGCGUCCUGGCCCAGCUCUGAGCGCGCGGCCCUUCCCCUGUCGGGAGCCGUCGCCUGACCCCGGGCGAGGGAGGGGCGGCCUCCGGGUCUGGGUCCCGGUCCGCUGCUUCCGAAGGGGUAGCACUGGGAAGGUGCCGGCGCCCGCCGCAGGUGGGGCGAGGCUGGUAGAGGGCGGCGCCUGCCAGCUGGGGGCCUCCACGGCGCGCAGGGGCGAAGCCUGUAAUCGCGGCAGCCGCGGCUAAUUCGCUAAUGAGGGCUUUGCAGGGUUUGUUUUCAUCUUCAGCCCCAGCUGCCGGAGUGCGGGGUGGGGGUGUGGCCGAGCCCCGGCGGGAAGCCCCGCCCAGACGGUGUUCAGGGAACCCUGACAGCUCCCCCGUGGAGCCGAGAGGGUGGGGGUGGGAAGGGCAGGGGCCAACAGAUCCCCAUGCCUGCCGCACUCCCUGGCGGAAGACUGGAAGGCAGGGGGCUGCGCACGAUGGGAGAGGACCCUGGUGCGGACGGCGGGACGGCUGACAUUUAGACCCCAGAGGGGAUGCUGGAUGCCAGCUGGGGCGACCCCAGGGGUCGCUGGGGUCAGAUCGUCCCGACCUAGCCCAGCCGCCGCGGGCGAGACCAAUGGGAAGGAGACUGAGGCCUUGGGCUCGGCGCCCGCGCUGGACUCUACCCAGCGGAGACUGCACUUUACGGAGACCACCACGUGUGGGCGCGGUCAGUGCCCAGGACUGCGCCGUUGCUGACGUUGUCCGCUUUCUGUUCCCUUGCGGCUCUUGAUGCGUAAAUCGUACGCCCUAGGACUCGGGACAGCACAGCUGGGGCGGGGGCACCGGGACUCUGGGACGAGGAGGGAGGUCCGGGGGCCUCCCCGCAGGCGAACACCUGGCUGGAGAGUAUCUGGUGCCAAAUGAGACGAAAGCUGGCAGAGGGGCCUGGGGGCUCAGGUGCUUCGGCCCCUGGCAGUGGAGCCUGGAGCUGGGCCUUGUGCAUGGGGCGGGACUCUGGGACUGGGGCGACGCCUCGUCCUGCAGAGGGAGCCAACGACCUCUCUUCUGCAGAAUCCCAGCUCGGGCAGGCGCUGCCUUCACGCGCGGAUCUGCCCGGGCCGAGGGCACACGCUCACUGCCCCACGGGCCUUCUCCGGGAGGAGGGAAGCAGAGUUUGAGGGUUGGGCAGAUGGAAACCCCGGCCCGGUCACGGAUACCACCAUCCCUCCGAACCCGUUCCCAGCAUGCACGGGGCCAGCUUUCUGGCAGGAGGAGCUGUCCUCAACUCACGGCUGCUGAGUGAAGUGGACCCUAGCCUGUAACCCCAGUUAACGCUGCUCCUUCUCUGUCACGCUGCAUCCUGUGCUCUGGGCCCGCGCCCUGCCUAAGUCACCGAGUGGGCACCACCAGGCAGGUGCUAGAGGUGCCAAACACUCCCCCUAAAACGCCGCGGCAGGCGAGGCUGCGCCUGUCGCGUUCUGGGCGAAGAGGAGGCCGCAGGUGCCGGAACAGAAAGCGGAGAGAAUGCAGGCUGAGUGGGGCGACCUCCCACCCCCUCUUCAGGACAUGGGAGGUGGGGGGGAUCUAACUUGCUGUCCCCAUCCAUGGCUUUAGGGGGACCCUGGUGGUCUCUUCCGAGCUUUUGGAGUUGGGGAUGCCAAACGUGCUCACCUUCACCCCAGUGGGCCUCGUCCCACAUGGCCAGAGGGUAGGGAAACUGCAGACAACACCAGGUCGCUGGUGGCAGGGCCAGGUUGUGCAGGGACGAGGUGCGGCACGGCCCUCCCACGCACUGUGAGACCCUGGGUGGUGCUCUCCCGGCUGCGUGCCUGUUUCCCCAAGUGGGCCGUGGGGAACUCCCAGAGCUACCUCUUGGACAGGCAUGGUGGCGGCGAUGAUAGGGGAGCCGCCUGGUGCUCACAGAACUUGAGUCUGGCUGGACCCUGCCGGUGCUGCCUCCCCUCUGACCAGCCCCGGGCACCUACUUCCUCCAAGGCUGAGCCAGAGGACAAGACCCACCUUGCCCGGCAGCAGGGUGCGCAGCAUGGCUGCUGGCCCUGUCUCCCACCCUCACCCCAAGUCCUGAGCUCACUUCUGCCUUCUGCAUCCCCUGCCUCCGAGGCCACAGCCACCUCAAGGCCUGGUCUUGGCUGUCUCCAGGAGGGGACAGGCAGCCAGCGGUCUCUGGACAAUCAGGUCCAGGUGGGAGCAGGACCCAAAUGAUGCCCACCUCAAGGCUUCCAUUCCAUUGCGGCCCCUGCCUGCCACCCGGCUUCCCUGCACCAGGGUGACAAGGGGUCCAUCUGCCCCCCAACACUCUGGGGCCAGUCCUAAGAAAUGGAGGGUGUCAGGCUGCGGGGCCAGGAUGCAGGGAGGGUGGAGGCAUCCUGAGGAUGACAGUGACCACCACCGGCCCCCCAACACCGCCACAAGUGGGUGCUGAACUCGGGACACGUGCCCCCCAGCAUGGGCCGCCCGAGCUCUGACAGCAUUACCUCACCCCGCCCCAGCUGUUGCCCCAGCCCAGCCCCCACGACGCGCCUGGUCUGUCUCAGAGUCCCCUAGCCGCCGCCCCAUGUUUCUAUACCGGGUCUCUGCAGUGUUAAAUACACGUGUAAAUAGUGACAGCCUGUCCUCCCCUAAAUGUAAAGCCAUCUGUCCAGCGUAAGGAUGACACCCCGUCAGCUGUCUGACUCCUGCACACACACCUUUAAUAAACUGAGCUGUUGAAUUGCC